AUGGUUCAAUCGUUUCUUGAAAGUUGUCAAAGGCUUGGAUACAUACAAGGUCAGACUGAUCACACUCUCUUUGUUAAGCACUUAGGAAGUGGAAAAAUUAUGGUAUUGAUCAUAUAUGUUGAUGACAUAAUUAUCACUAGUAAUCACACUGAGGAGAUGAAUUCAAUCAAAGAAAUGUUGGCAAAUGAGUUCAAAGUUAAAGAUCUCAGUGCUCUCAAAUAUUUUCUGGGUAUGGAAUUUUCUAGAAGCAAAAAAGGUAUUUUCGUGUCCCAGAGAAAAUACACUCUAGACCUUCUAAAUGAGAUAGGCAUGCUCAGAAGCAGGCCCAGAAAAACUCCAAUUGAGCUCAGAGAUGAAAGGAAAAUGUUUGAAGGAAGUCUAGUUGACAAGGGGAGGUACCAACAACUAGUAGGAAAACUCAUCUACCUCUCACAUACAAGAACCAACAUUGCUUUUGCAGUGACUCUAGUCAAUCAAUACAUGCAUGAUCGAUGUCAGGGACAUCUCAAUGCAGUGUAUAGGAUUCUGAGAUAUCUCAAGCAAACACUAGGAAAGGGCCUUUUCUUCAGGAAGACAACUGAGAGAAAGGAUGAAGUGUUCAUAGAUGUAGACUGGGCAGGCUCAGUUUAUGAUAGAAAGUCUACAUCAAGAUAUUGCCCAAUGGUAUGGGGGAAUGUGGUCACAUUGCGAAGUAAAAAGCAAAUAGUGGUUACACGAAGCAAUACAGAAGUAGAGUAUAGAGCCAUAGAUCAUGGUGUGUUUGAAGCGAGGAUCAAACUCUUCAUAGCACUAGAUCUCCCAGCAUGA